AUGGAUUCCAAUGUCAAUGCAGCCAUCGAAGUGUUACGGUCUUGUCGAAAGGUUUACGAUGCGGAACACCAACAUCUCUCUCCUGAACAGAGGGAGAGUGGUUGGUCUCUUCACUGGGCUGCCAUUCAAUCCGCCAUGACAGGUUCGGCAUCGAGUUUUCAACUUGGUUCUUCGGUCCCUCAGAAACGAUCCGCGUCCAGUGCAAUGCUUAUUGGUAUGGAGCCCGCCUCGAAACGGGGUGGCCAUACAAAGGCUUCCCUGGCGUCCUCUGCUCCCUCGGCACCCUAUCUUGAACGACACCAUUCCGGUCCGAGUCCUUCCAAGGGUUCGCCUGCUCGCCCUUCCAUGCCGGCUUCACCUGCGGUGCAAACAACUGCCACGACAGGUCCAGUUCUUAUUCCUCGCCACAACAGUGGGCAACGACGAACACCAAACGCUGGAUCCUAUCCAACUCGGUAUCCUGGAUCGAACCUCAACCACAUCGAAGAGGUACACGAUAUGUCACCAACCGACUUCCUCGCUAACCAUGGCGACCUCUCCUUGACACCUCCCAUGAAUGUGGAGCGUGGUGAGUCGCACAAUUACCUCUCUCAGCUUACAUCACCGUAUGCUUCAGCAAUAGAGUCACCGGCGGGUUACACCCCGAUGACUGCUGCUAGUGAUGCAGGUCUCACGACCGCGUCGACGAUCAUGUCAGAGCCUAUGACUCGGACAAGCACAAAUGAUGUUCUCUGCGAGCCGUUUGGGAUGUUUCGCAUGGACUCGAUGUCGAAACUACCCCAAACGGCAGACAUGCUUGAGAUGCCUCAAGCGCAUUUUGUCGAUUCGCAGUUGUUUUCCUUUUCUUCUGUUGUUGGAACCGACUCCGGUUGCAACAACUUUUCUCAUUUGUCUUUUCCUGAUGAUGACUGCUUUCCGUCAUCAUCAUCUCCUUCUAGCUAUGAGAUGAAGAAUUCGCCGUCAUCCGGCAGCAAUGCUUCAUCUGUUUCUGUUUCUUCUCAUCCGUCUCAUCAUGGCUUGCGUCUUGACUCUCAGAGUCAAGCUAGAGAGACGCUUCUUCCGCAGGAAGUCGUUGUCCCUCAGACUAGUAACCUAGUUUCACGACCGCUAGCGCCCAAGUUGCAUCGCACAAAGAACACUUCGGCUAGCGAUGCCGACGGCGUACGCGAGCCCAAGCUCAUCGCUGUCAAAGCCGAGGACGGUACAGUCAAGCACAAGGCCGAAAUCACACGCGCCACGCGCCAACACCCCCCUCGCAAGACGACCUUCUGUCAGUUCUGCAACGACCAACCGCAGGGCUUUCAUGGCGACCACGAGCUCCGCCGCCACAUUGAGCGUCACCACGCCCAGGUGCGCCGUGUGUGGAUCUGUAAAGACGCCUCCGCCGACGGCACCUUCUUGUCGAGCUGCAAGGCUUGCCGAACAGGCAAGACCUAUGGCGCCAACUACAAUGCCGCAGCACACCUACGACGUGCACACUUCAACCCAUGUAAGAACCGUCGCGGCGGCCGUGGCAAGAAAUCCGAAGGCCGUGGUGGCAUGGGCGGAGGGAACAACCCGCCAAUGGAGUUCCUCAAGAACUGGAUGUUUGAGGAGCUCGAGACGAAUCUCAAUGGGCGCACGGUCGUUCAGGAUAUAGUGCCCGACGCCAUCUUUGAGACAGCAACGGUCAAUGAGAUGGUCAACGCUGCACCAAACGGCGCGGUCGGUGUGGAUGACUUUGGCCUUGCCACUGGCGACAUGACGGCCAUGGGCAUGUCGAGCUUUGAUAUCAUGUCCGAGCCUUUGUACUAUGAUAACUUGCUACAGCCGACAGGUGCCUUUGGUCAGAAUAAUGGGUAUUUUAUGCCCGAGCAGCAGGCGAUUUUGCAGUACUAG